UCUCCAGUCUCGACACUGGGUGAGUAAAAUGGACGAGAAAGGGAGCCGCCGCGUUGAUGCGGACGGGAAUGUGAUCCCGGGGUGGUCGUGGUGGGCGUUGGCAAGCUGUACCCAAUUCGUGUGGGGCAUGUCAUCAUAUCGGAAAGGCUACGCCGGUGACUCUCGCCUAAUGCCUUUUAAAGCCUUCGCGGUCGCCUCUCUCUUUGUCGGCUCCGCUGCUUCCGCCUCAUUUGCUGCCCUUCAAGCCUCUGGCAUCCACAAGGUGGAGGACCUUGUGGAAAUGGGAGCUAAUUUGAGGACCGGACUUGGGAUACCUCCAAGGUCACGAGAAGAAAGAGCAAGGUCUCAAGGUUGCGGACACAGCUUUACUUGCAUUGAAGAAGCAGAUGGUUCUUUAUCGUCCAAGUGAAGAUGACAGUGGGGGCUUACUUCACAUGGAGUAUGCAGAUGGUUCUUUGCCAUUGGAAUGGCCAAGUGAAGAAGCAUCAAGAAUGUAGAGUGAUUUAGGUCUUUAUUUUAGUUGAAUGACACUUGAUUUUAACAUACACAGAAUACCAUGUUCAAAUUCUUCUA